AUGGGCGUUGACAUCCAGAUAUCUUUAAACAAGCUAAACUACACCAGCGAGGCCAUCUUCGGGGAGGCUCUCGUCCACAACACCUCUGAAUUAUCUGUUGAUUACAUCGAGAUCAAGCUUGAAGGGGUGGCGAGCACCAUGGUCUGGGUCCGCGAGUACCAGAGAAACGCCAGCGGAAACGUCAGGAACUACGACAGAACCUAUACCGAAGAACACAAGGUCUUGUACCAGACAACGAUAGUUUUCCCUCCCCCAAACGUGCGUCAGGUCGCUUCGCCUAAAACGCAGUUUACGUUGACCCCGGGGAGGCAUACCUACCCCUUCCACUUUACCAUUCCGUAUGACAACUCCAGUGAGAUGAACUUUAUCAAGUCCCAGAGUACCAGAGGCCAUUUCCCCUGCUUCUUACCCCCUUCCUUGCCCAAUGUUCAGUAUAACCAAAACAAUAACAUGCGAAGCAAUGCGGGAGUCAACUACUACGUGAAGGUGGUGGCCAAACGCAAGGGCUUUUUGAAGCUCAGCUCGAGAAAACAAGUGCCAUUCAAUUUCACCCCUGUUGACAUGGAGAGAAAUGUCGAUAGCGGAAGGUUGGUCCUUACCAAGGACCAUGUGUUCCAGGGAAAAGUUCCUUUGCUUGUGCCUGUGGGAGAGGACAAGGGAGGCCAGACUUACAGGGAAUUAGAGACCCCUAAAGCGUCCAGGGGCUCCUCUAUGUUUUCUCGAAGUGCCGGCAACGCCCGCAAGGAGCUCGAACGGGAGAACGCUUUGCACGCCAGGGACGUGGAAAUCCAGUUGCAAGUGCGGUUUAAAGACGUGCCGGGAGUCCGCUCGGGAUCUGGAGACAAUUUCGGGAUCUAUGUCACUUCGAGGUUGCCCCCGCAGGCGUUCCAGCUCAGUAACGGCGAAUCCUCCGGCUUGGGCCAAUUCUUUUUGAGCAAAUUAGAGGUUGUUCUUACCGGGAUGACAUCUAUUAGAGCAGCCGGGUAUGUCGACCAAGGGUCCAACAGCUGGCGGCUUGGCGAUUACGAAGGGUCCUACCGUUUCGAUCUUGCAAAUGCAGUCCCAUCGCCACUAGACCCCAGUUUAUACGAGAUUCUCCUUCCGCGUGAGUUACACACCCCCGCUGGCCAAAGAAGAUCCUACCCCGGCUUGGUUCCCAGCUUCCACAUGUGUAGCAUCCGCAGGUGGUAUACUUUCUAUUUGACAGCAAAGUUCAAGAGCACGGCGGAGGAGAAGGGAAAGUUUAUGGGGAUGGGGAGUCAGAAUAAGGUCGAGUUGGGGCUGGAAGUGCGAGUCUGGAGUGGUUUCAACAUGGAUGGGCUGAUACAAAAGGAGAUUCCCGUGAUGAUGAUUCCUGAAGCAAUGCCACCGGUUCAAGCGAAAGAAACGAUUUACAGCGCACAUGGCGAGAAAAGCAGUCUUGGAGUCCAAAGCUACGCCGAGGAAAAGUCAUCGAGCGGUGCGCUUCCAGCUUCAGGUAGGGAGCAAAGCUACGAUCAAAAGUCUUUUACAUAUGACCAACCAGCAGGGUUUGCCAGCUACAGAGGCGAGGAGAGCUAUCCUGUUAGACAGAGCAAUCUCGCCACCUUUGAGACCAGUAAUCACGACCAAGCGUCAGCCUUCGAAACAGGCCGUGAUGACGAAGACGCACCGCCCCCAGAAUAUGACGCAACGCUCGGGAAGAUUGCAUUUUAG